AUGCCAGAGUCAUCGCCGCGCGAGAAGUCCUUGGGCUUGCUGGAGCAGGGCGAUCUCGAGGUCGACUCCGAUUCCACCCUGAACGAGGAUGACCGGCCGCCCACACCCGUCGCGAAGACGCGCGCACAACUGGCUCAAUUGAUGGAACUCGGUGCCUCUCGACUGGCUGUACUACGACCUUCGUUUAUGACCGUGAAGAAUGUGAAGCCUGGCAAACUACGCAAGACGGCAUACCUGGACGGUAUGAGGGGAUUUGCGGCAUUGCUGGUAUACUUUUUGCAUCAUGGGCUCUGGGCACACGCGAUCUCGGGAGGCAGCACGAAAUUGGAGAACACUUUUGGUUGGGACGGCGAAUACUAUCUUGGCGCAUUUCCCGUCAUCCGGACAUUCUUCACGGGAGGACACUAUGCGGUGUCGACUUUCUUCGUUCUUUCUGGCUACGUCUUGGCCAUGAAGCCAUUGACGCAAAUCCACGAGGGCCAAUAUCUCCAGCUCGGAGACAGCAUGGCAUCGGGGCUGUUCCGACGAUGGAUCCGACUGUUCCUCCCAAUUUGGAUCGUCACCUUCUGCUUCCUCCUCCUCCCGCAUGUCUUCGGUAUCCACUCCGACUUCAAGCCCCAGGGCAACCUCGGCGAUGAGAUCUGGAAGUGGUACUGCGACUUGAAGAACUUCACGUUCAUAUGGAACACCGGCGGCGAGUGGAUUCUGGACUAUCACAAGCACGUCUGGUCCAUCCCGGUGGAGUUCAAGGGCUCCAUCACCAUCUUCACCGCAUGCCUUGCCUUCUCCCGCUGCACGAGGAAUGCGCGUCUUUGGUGCCAAGUCGGACUGAUCUUCUACUUCAUGUGGAUUGUGGAUGGCGCUCACUUUGCCAUGUUCCAGACUGGUAUGCUCAUCUGCGACCUCGACUUGUUGGCCGAGAAGAAGCAACUCCCGUCGUGGUUCUACAGCCUGGAGCCGUUCAAGACACCCAUCUUCUACACCAUGUUCGCCGUCAGCGUCCUGAUGGGAGGCGUGCCGUCGAACUCUGCCGAAACCUCGCAUCUGAGGGAGUCGCCCGGCUGGUACUAUCUCUCCUUCUUGAAGCCACAGGCUGUGUUUGACUACCGAUGGUUCUUCCUCUACUGGGCCUCGAUCUUGUUGGUGGGAUCUGUCCGCCACAUUCACUGGCUCAAAGCCUUCUUUGAAACCCGCGCCUGCCAAUUCCUUGGCCGACACUCGUACAUGUUCUACCUGAUGCACGGCCCUAUCCUCUGGACCCUGGGAGACCGAUUGUACGCCGCGGUGGGUUGGGUCAACUUCUCGCAUGCCCUGAUCAUUCCUGGCUGGGCGGACAGCUUCCCGCUGCCGAAAUGGGGACCUUUCGGAUUGGAGUUUGCAUAUGUGGUGCCGCAGAUGAUUCUGUUGCCGACGACGCUGUGGGUGGCCAGCCUCAUGACUGCGAUCGUGGAUGACCCUUCGGUCAAGUUCGCAGCUUACUGUUAUUCGCUCACGCAGCCUUCCAAGGAGGACAGAGAACAGCUGGAGCAGCGCAAAGCAUAG